AUGAAUCAUAAUCAUCACAAUAAUUAUUUUAUUCAAAAUUAUACAAAAUCUUCUCCGCAUCAUCAGUGUUAUUAUUCGUCAUUUCUUUACGAUAAUUUACCACGUAGAAAUAGUUAUAAAAUGGCUAUUCAUACAUCAAAACAUGAUCAUCUACAAAUUCUAUGUUCCAGUUCUACUUCAUCAGUAUCUUCUAUUAAUGAUCGUAUUAAUACAACACGUUCACUUUAUACAAUCCAUAAUGGUUGUUCUUAUUGUAUAAAUGAUCAUAUACAACGAAGUAUUAGUCAACCAACUGUUCACGUACCCGAUAAUGAUUUUCUCUUAGAAAAUGCAACAUUCUUACUUGAUUCACCUGUUCAUGCACUUCGCCCUGCACAUCAUAAAUCUCGUGUAACACUUUCACCAACAAAACCUCUCUCAACACGAAGUUCAUUAACCGUAAAUGAUCCAUUAACAGAAAAUGAUGAUUAUUUAAAUUCAACAAUUAUAUCAGUUGCUUCGAUUUAUCGAAUAGUAUUUCUUCGUUCAUUUGCAUCUGUUUUUGCUUUAGCUAGUUUAUUUACAAUUGAAGUAUUACAAACAUCUAUCUAUUCACUCGAAACUAGUUUUCAAUCAUUAUUAACAUUACAUUUAAGUUCAUCAAUAACAGCAUUUAUUUUUGCUGCACAUGUAUCACAUAUACAAAUGACACAUUAUCAUUGGAAAAUGUCUAGUGUACUUACAUAUGAUCAUUGUUCACAAAUAGCGAUUAUUUGUGCAACAAUAUUUACUUCAACAUGGAUAAUAAUACAAUAUUUUCAUUCAUUCUAUUAUUUAAUACUUAUAAGUGCAGGUAUAUCAGGUAUUAGUCUUAGUUGUAUGAUAAUAAAGACUUAUGAUCAUUUAUUACAAUUAUCAACAUCGUUAUUAAUGGAAAAUAUGAAAAUUUUAACAAUACGUUUUAAUAUAUUUAUGUUUAUUUAUAAUUGUAUAUGUCAUUUAUCAUUAAGUAUUGGUGGAAUAUGUUUUUUAGCUAUUGUUUUAUUUCAACAAUGGAAAAAUGAAUAUAUAUUUAUUGGUUUUCCAUCAUGUGUCUUAUUACCAUGUUUACAAUUAACUAAAAAACAAGAUGAUAAUACAUAUGUAUUAACAUCAUUAAAAAAAUCAAUACCAAUUAAUUUUACAAUGUAUUUAACAGAUACUAAACAAGUAUGGAUUUAUGAAUCAACACGUUAUUACUUUAUUAUUAUUUUAAUUUUUCUGACGAUACUUAGUUUAUGUAUACAAGCUAAUACGAAUUGGUCAACAUCAAUAAUGAAUAUGAGUAAACGAUUAUCAAUAAUACAUUAUUCAAAUACAAAUACACUCACUGUUGAAUCAAAAAUGAUUCAUUAUAGACAUUUUUUAUUAGCUUUAUUUAUUGGUUAUCAAGAAGGUUAUCUAUUUGGAGAUUUUAUCAAAUUUGAUAUAACAUGUGUUUAUGGUCUUCGACAUACAGCGGAAAUGUUAAUUAUCUAUGGUUUAGGUGCAACAAUUUCAAGUCUAUUAUUUGCUUUAGUUAUUAAACGUGUAACACUUAUGACUUCAGUAUCAUUUACAACGCUUGUACAUUCAUUAACAUUUCUUCUAUUAUUUUGUAUUCGAACACAAAUUCUUAUUCAUGAUUUUCCACCAUUAAUAUUAAAAUAUAUUCUAUUUUUUUCCUAUGGUAUUGUUCUUGGUUUAUGGUCAACAAUAUCUAUUUAUUCUAUAUGUCAUACAACAAAAUUUUCUUCAUCAUCACUAUUUGCUCAAUCAUUAGCUUUUCGAUAUAUAGGUCGUCUUAUUGCUUAUUCAUGUACUGCACGUUUAUGUCAAUCAUAUCUUUUUUAUAUCAAUUCCAUGAGUUUAUUAUGUAUAUUUUCUUUUAUAUUCAUAUGCUAUUGCUGUUGUCAUCGAUAA